UUCGAAAUCACCAAACUUCUGACAUUAUGCCUAACUUUUCUGCUGUAUUUAAGACCACAACAAGGGACAGAAAUGUCAUUUCACAUUCCCUAGUCCAUUUUCAACUACUUUUCUUUUCUCCUCCAUUUUUGCCCCAAUCAAAACUCAGUAUCUUCUCAGACCAAUGAGCAAAGAAGGAAGAAGAGGAGUAAGAUGGAGCUGGACCUCCGCCUUCGUCGGCGCCGCCGCUGCCGCAGCAACGGUGAUGGCACUCUCUUCAAAGCCACGGGAUCCCGAUUUUCAUCUCAUCUCCAUCGAUCUCACGUCCUUCAAGCUCAAUUUCCCCGUCGUAGACGCGGAACUCAUCCUCACUGUUCACGUUACUAACCCUAACGUUACUUCAAUCAACUACUCCUCAACAGAAAUGUCGAUUUUCUACUCCGGCGACCACCUCGGUUCCGCUCGUGUCAAAGCCGGAUCUCAACCGCCGCGUUCCUGUCAGGUACUCCGUCUUCCGGCGAGGUUGAGCGGACUGCAACUUGCACAUCACGGUAAGGAAUUCGUCGCCGAUGUAGCGAAGAGGGAGAUGUUGUUGGAUGCUACGGUGGAUAUAGAAGGUUUUGCUAAGGUGAUGUGGUGGGACCAUAAAUUCCGGGUGCACGUGGAUAGUCACGUGACUGUAGACCCGGUUUUUCUUGACGUUAUUGAUCAGGAAAAUAAAUCGGCUUUGGAGGUCUUUGUUAAAUAACGGUUCAGUCCGGUUCACUGUGUUGUAUCGGUUUAAUUUGUAUUAUCACUACUAAAAAUAUAUUUUUAUCAAGUCUAUAGUUGCAAUUCACUUUUGAUUACAUAUUUCGUAAGAUGGUUUGGGCGUGUGAAGAAAUGAGAUGUACGAUUGUCGAGGUUGGCUACAGGUUGUUUUAGGAGAGACAAAGAUAAACCGAAGAAAUAUUAAAGAGAUUGAGGUGAUUAGAGGAUGUGGAGGACACAAAUUAGGAAAGAAGGGUAGUAGGUCGUUGAGUCUUGAGUGUCAUAUUACUUGCGAAUUACGCCCCUUCUUUACUAAUAGUUUAUCUUCAAUUUCUAUUACUAUAUGAUAUUAAGGAUUUUAUCGCGA